AUGUGGCUGUUCGUUCCUGUGGCAAUUCCUGAUGUCCGGGGUGGUGCUGACGGGGAUCCUGGGGGCCUUGGUUUAAUAUUUGAACACCUGGAGGUAGCUGUUCAUGCGGAGGUCCUGGAUGAGGAUGCUGAGGAGGAGGAGGAGGAGGGAGUAGGCGAGGCUGCGAUUGAUGGGGUCCUAUUGGGGGUGGUGGGAUCUGCAUCAUCUCAGGUUGUGCUCUCUGGCCCUGGUGAUGGUGGCCUGGUGGAACCUGGACCAUCUCUGGUUGCAUUCUCUGGCCCUGUUGAUGAUGAGGGUGUCGAUUCUCCUCAAAUGGAGGCAUAUGUCGAGAUUCGGGCGGUGGUCCCACUGGGAUUGGUCUCUCUGGCAUCAUUCGAGGGUCAUGGUGUGGCAUGUGGUGGUUGGCAUGCCUCUGGUCCUGAGGUGGCCCAAUACCACGAGCAUGCGGAUGAUCCAAUUGAUGAUUAUCUUGGGGGUGAUGCUGAGGGUUACCAUGUGGGUGACCCUGUGGGUGACCCUGUGGAGUGCGUGGGGGAUAAUUUGGAGGUCUGUCCUGAGGGUGAUGUGGAGGAUAACUUGGAGGUCUAUCCUGUGGGUGGUGUGGAGGAUAAUUUGGAGGCCUGUCCUGUGGGUGGUGUGGAGGAGGGCGUUGAGCGUUGCUCUGUGGGCGAUUUUGUGGAUGAUGUUGCGGACCGGGGAAAUUUAGCCCAAGACCAGAUCGAUUAUGAGUCUGGUGGACGGAAUCAUCAAAAUCCCUAA